AUGAUUCAAAAACCGUGCGCUCCUCCUCAUCCUCCGCCGCCGCCGGGCCGCGCCGCUCCCGACGGGAACCCCUUCGAUUCGCUCCCCGACGCCCUCCUCCUGCUCAUCUUCUCCAAAAUCGCCGACCUCAACGCCCUCGUCGUCUGCUCCUCCGUCUGCCGGCGCUUCCGCCUCGUCGUCCCCCAGGUCGACGCCCUCUCCCUCCCCCUCGACUACUUCGACCGCCGGGGUGGCUCCUCCGCCCGGAGGAACCCCGCUCGCGCCCUGAAGCGGAUCCUCCAGAGCUUCCGCGCCAGGCUGGUCGGGUCAAGGUCGUCGGCCUCGGUCUGCUGCUCCAGCGGCCGCGUCGCCCCGUACGGCGAGCUCUCGCACCUCAAGUACCGGUUUCGCGAGCUCGGAGAUCUCCGCGUGGAGCUCCGGAACUCCACGAGGUCGCGCGGCGACGAUGCGGCUCGCGGCUCCCUCACCUGGUGGAAAGCCGUCUUCGGAUCCCGGCUCGAGACCUGCGUCGUGCUCUCGGCGGCGUCGAUUUGCAGGACCUCGGCCGGCGCCCCCGGGGGCGGCGGCGGCGGCGGCGGCGGAGUCAGGGAGAGGAUCAGCGAGUCCGACCUGAAGUCGAUCCUCGAGACGACGAGGUGCUCGCUCGUGAGCGCGUCGUUUAGGCUCGUCUACUUCGUCCCUCGCGACCACGGGGGGCUCCGGAGCGUCGUGGUCUCGGACGACGCCGGGAGGGGGAAGCUGUGCAUGGGAGAGGAAGAGCUGGCGAGCUUCAACGGGAGCUCGUCCGCGAAGGGGAGCUCCGCGGAGGAACUGAGGUCGCAGAGGCUGAGGAGCCUGAGAGGCCCUCUCCGAGUGAGCGUGUGGUACGUUCCCGUCCUGGAUCUGCCGGCGAGCGGCCGCCGCAUGAAGCGAGUGAAGAUCGCCGCGGCUCGAAGGGCGGACGACGAUCGGGAGAUCGCGAUGGAGAAGGACGCCGAGCUGUUGAUCGGCGCUUUCGGCGGAGACGAGGAGAGAGGGAAGGCGUGCGACGAAGCUGUGGUGGAGAUGAUGAGAAGCAGCCAAAAGAAGGGGUACGAGUUGAGGAUUCCGCGCUGCUUGGACUAG